CCCAGUGUGCUUAGCGGUACAAGGAAAUAGAAGUAGGAGGAGGAGUAAAACGGGAAAAAGGGAGGAGGAGAAAAAGAAAGCAAUAGGUGGCUACCGCGGCGGCUCCGUGCGAGCUCUCGGGAUUAUAAUUGGCUACCAUGGGAGAGAAAGCUCGUCCUCAGUGUUACUUUGAACUUGAAAUAAAUCGCGAACCUGUCGGUCGUAUUGUGUUUCAGCUUUUCUCAGAUGUAUGUCCAGAGACUUGUCAAAAUUUCCUGUGCUUGUGUACAGGUGAAAAGGGAACUGGAAAAGUAACUGAAAAAAAAUUGUGGUAUAAGGGAUCUACAUUCCACCGAGUUGUUAAAAACUUUAUGAUUCAGGGAGGGGACUUCAGUGAAGGCAAUGGGAAAGGCGGUGAAUCAAUAUAUGGGGGCUAUUUUAAAGAUGAAAACUUUAUUCUCAAACAUGAUCGUGCAUUUCUUUUGUCUAUGGCCAAUCGGGGAAAACAUACAAAUGGCUCACAGUUCUUUAUAACAACAAAAGCAGCUCCGCACCUUGAUGGCAUCCAUGUUGUCUUUGGACUCGUUAUCUCAGGAUUUGAGGUUAUAGAAAAGAUAGAACAUUUAAAGACUGAUGCAGCCAGCCGGCCAUAUGCGGAUGUUCGAGUUACUGACUGCGGUAUCCUGGGGCCUAAACAGACAAAGGAUGGCGGAGGAACGGCGAUAUACAACAGCGGAUUUAAAGAGAAAGCUAAGAGAGUUGAGUCUCAGUCUGAAGAGUCAGAAUCUAGCUCCAAAUCCUCUUCCCCAACAUCUUCCUGGUCUUCAGAAUCUUCAUUUUCAGAGAGUGAAAUUGAGAGGAACAAGAGGAAAAAACGCAAGAGUAGAACCAAAGUAAAACACUCAAAAAGAAAAAGGAAGGAACCACACAGACCAGAAACAAAAAAGGAGCAAAAGCCUCCUAGUCAGCACAGUGUCCAGUCGGAGAACAGCCCCAAUGAAGAUAAACAGGGUACAAAGAGGGAGAAGCCUGUUGUUCGCCCUGAAGAAAUUCCACCUGUUCCUGAAAACCGAUUUCUUUUAAGAAGAGAUGCACCGGUCCAAAAACCUGAGCCUGAACUGAAACCACGGAAUGUGGACUCUGAAAAGAGUGACCAUCAGACAGCUUUGCUUUCAAAAUCUGGAAGAAAAAUUAGAGGAAGAGGCACAAUACGGUAUCAUACACCACCGCGCUCAAGAUCUUGUACAGAGUCUGAGGAUAAUGAAGAAAGCAGUGAAACGCCUCCUCACUGGAAGGAAGAAAUGCAACGAUUAAAAACAUACAGACCACCAUCUGUAGAAAAAUGGAGCAAAGGAGACAAACUCAACGAUCGUCUGUCCAGCCGGUGGGAUGAAGGCAGCUUGUCUUCAAGAUCUAGUUCAUGGUCACAUGAUGGCUAUCACUCUGCUAGUAAAAAUCGCAAGAAAGAAAAAAAGGUAAAGCACAAAAAGAAGUCAAAAAAGAGGCAUUCAAAGAAAUUAAAGCCACCAAAAGAGGAAUCUUUGCACUCUAAGAGCAGGAAACAAACAAACAGAUCAUCUUCUGUGUUGUCCAGAGAUUCUUCAAAAAAAAACUGGUCUGUAUCUGACAAAGAGCACGGCUCUUCUGUUCAUUCCAGCAAAGAAUCUCACUUUGAGUCCAGGUCAAGAUCCUAUUCAAGAGACUCUUUUAGAUCCAGGUCAGCCUCAAUAUCUUCUUCACGCUCUAGGAGUCGUUCCAGAAAUAGAUCUAAAGCAAAAUCUAGAUCGAAGAACAGGGCCAGGUCUAGAUCUAGGUCAGAGUCACAUUCUCAUUCUUCUAAGUCUAAAAAUCUAAAGCCAGUGCCACAGUCACCAAAAAAAACAGUGUUACCUACAAUUGAAACAAAAGCUAUUGCGAGUAUAGAACCAGUAAAAACAGUAGUAAACCAAACUGAUAAACCUGUGCUGCCUCCCGUAGUUUCUGAAAUUGUGCCUGUGAUGCCUCUAAGUGAUAGCCCGCCUCCUUCAAGGUGGAAACCUGGGCAAAAACCAUGGAAGCCAUCAUAUGAACGAAUUCAGGAGAUUAAGGCGAAAACAUCUUAUAACUUAACUAAAAGUAGAAAUGCUUUAGGAGAAACCAAAACUGGUUCAUACAGAAAACGGCAGUUAAGCUCAGAUAGUGAACAUAGCAAUUACUCUGAUAAAAGUUUUGGCUAUCGCAGAAAAUCAAAAAUGAGAUCUCGGAGUAGAUCAUACAGUAGGUCAUAUUCUAGAUCAAGAAGCCGCAGCUCCGCUUCCAGGACUGAGAUCAAUUCGCAUAGUUAUUCAUCAUCUUCUGGUCAGUCUUCAUCCGAUGAUUCUAAUGACAGUAGCCAAUCUAGAAGGUCAUUUUUAAAGGAAAAAGUUGAGUCAAAACAAAGAAAAGCCUCAAAGAGCCCAAACCAAAGUCAAGCUAAACAAAAAUCCAUUUCUCCAUCAAGUAGUAAGAGUGAUUCCGAUUCCUCUUCUGAUCAUGAGGAUAACAAGGAAAUGUUGAAAACAAUACAGUUGAUGAAUGUAAUAAAAAAUCAUAUAGAGGAUGAUAAAAUCCAAGACUCUAAUGUGGAUAAAAAAAAUUCUCAACAACUAGACAGUGAUACUAUCAAGCAGGAAGAAGUCCUUGAAAAAGAAAAGUUAGUUGAACAAGUAGUAAAUGUUAACGACUCUAUGGAAAAACCUAUGCUAAAUAUUCCGCUGGAAAAUAUCUCGGAUAAAAAUCAAACUGUAAAUGCAAAUGAAGACGUGUUGAUGUCCUCAGGUAAAGAGGAAGGUGAAGCAAGUUCAGAAACGGACACAGAGGAGAUCAACCAAUCAAAAGAUGCAGUUUUGUCACCAAAUAUGGAAAAGGAUACAAAGUCUCCUCCAUCUGGUAGUUCAAGCCAAGAGAAAAAUAAAAGCAAGGCAAAGAAGCAUAAGCAUCGCUCCAGUAAAAAGAUGAAGAAAAACCUAUCAAAAAAAGGAAAGGAAAAGUCUAAAAAGAAAAAAGAAAAAAAGCACAAAGAUCAAAAACAAAACCAAACAUUUCACUGGCAGCCUCCGCUAGAGUUUGGCGAGGAAGAGGAUGAUGACAAUGAGACUGUAAAGCCUAAUAAGAAUAAGGCAGGGGAAAAACAAGAUAUGAGUAAUGAGAAGUCUUCUGGGGAUAUAUUUAAUCAAACUGCUGUUACUGAGAAAACAGUGAAGGAAAAGGAAAAAUCAUUUGCAGAACAAGACAAAAGUCAAGAAAAAGUAGAAGAUAGUGUACCACUGCCAAAUAGAGAGAAAAGUCAAGCACCAUCAAAUACUUUAACUUCAACCACUGUUGAAAUAAAAAAGAUAAAUACCUCUAUUCACUUAAAUCAAGCCAAAGAAUCAAUUUCUUCGGGAAAGUCACAGGCUUCUACAGUAAAUGUGGCAUCUGAUCACAAUUCUCCUGCUUCCGCUAACAAGGCUCAUAUUGUGGCUGAAAAUGUUAAAGAAGAAAAGUCUCUAAGUAAUCCGUUAAUACCAAACAAUACACCUAGUGUGGAAAAAGUAAAUCCUGGAAAUUCAGACACUUCAGCUGCUGAAAAUAAAUGGAAACCUGUACAGGGAUCGAGUAUUUUACAAACUGUUAAAUCUUCCAACAUACCUUUAAUUUUGCGGCAAGAAAAUAAGUCACAAGGUCUAAGAAUAGAAAUAAAAAGUAAAAAUAAAGUGAAACCAGGGUCUCUGUUUGAUGAAGUACGGAAAACUGCUCGCCUCAACCAAAGGCCAAGAAACAAAGAAAGUUCGAGUGAGGAAUUUUCUUCAAGCGAUGAUGAGAAAAGCCAAUCAAAAAGUCAGACAAGGUCUCGAAGUAAAUCCAGGUCUGUGUCACGACACAGGAAGAGCUCAAGAUCAUACAGCAGAUCCAGGAGUCGAUCUUCUAGUUACAGCUCUUCAUCCAGAUCAAGAAGCUACUCAAGAAGUCGAAGUAGGAGAUCUAGGCGUUCUAGAACACGAAGCCGAAGCAGGUCUUAUGGAAGCUAUAGAAGUUAUAGUAGAACUUACAGCAGAAGUCAUUCAAGAAGCUCUUAUGACCGCCGUAGAAGAUCAAGGAGCAGGUCUUAUACCAGUUAUUACAGCAGGAGCCGGAGUUGUAGUAGAAGCCCUACGCCUAAAAGAUCACGAAGUUACUAUAGACGCUCCAGAAGUCGGCGGUCCUAUGCAUCAGACAGUGGCAGUGAUCGCAGUCACAGCCGCCACCGGCAUCGCAGUAAAAGAAGUUAAUAAGCACUGGAAGCGCCAUACGUGUGUGAGAAAACCAUGCCCCACACUGCUAUCCGUGUAGUGCUGCAAGGUUGCAGAUCCUGGAUGGAGAUGAGGAUGAUUGAGUGAUUACAUCACUUCUAUGUAUCAUAUGUCAACCCUAACAUUUUUUUCUUUAAGGAAGCUCCAAGGUCAUUUGCAUUGGACAUUGUACAGUAGAAAAAAAAUGUGAGAAAAAUACUAAUAGAUGGUUCUAUGUGUUCCAAACAAGGGCAAGUAGUUUGUGCAUCUUGUUCUGUCAUGUGACCUUCUCAUGUCUCUCAAGCGUUGGCUGUACCUAGAGGAAGGGUGCAGUACCUGAGGUUUACAUGUUAUAUGCAGAUAUUUCAUUAUUUUCUUAAUUUUCCUGUCAUUUUAAAAUGUGAUAGCUGUAUUUCUUUCAACCAUCCUGAGAGAGAGGACGUAAAACAAUUUUUUUUUUUUUUUAAAGAGGUGUGUCAAUGGACUACCAUUAUUCUUACCAAAAUGACAGCUUUACAUUUUUUCAGAAACAUUAUUUUAUAGAUCUUUUGCAGAUUCAUUUCUGAUGUUUAACAAAAAUAACUUUAAUGUCCCUUUUUUAAAACCAAUUAUUUUGCAGGAGCACAAGACCAAACCAAAUAUGUAGUAUUUACACUGGCAAAAUAUGUCUCCUAUAUUGCAUUGGCUUAACAUGUUAUGUUCAGCAUUGUGCAACAUUAUUCUUUUUUUGUUUAAAGUGUUUUAGUACAAAUCGAUUACAAAUAUUUAAAAAUGUAUAGACUAUUGCAUAAAGGGGUUAUGCUUCUCAUGACGUUUUUUUGUUUUGUUUUUUUUACACAUACUGUGAAAGUUUAGAAGCAGAUUUAAGGACUGUAACAAAGUGGCUCUAAGUUUCAAUCAAUCUGUAAACCUACUGCCUAUCCUCUUUCUGAAUCAUUUGUAACCAAUAAAUGUAUAAGGGCUUGAGGUAAUGUCUGUAACACUACUUCUGUAAAUCAUUGUUGCUUAUUUGUAAAAUAAAAGGGGAAAAAAAGGAUUAAUGCUGAAAGCGUAGUAGAAUACCAUACGGCCCAUCAUAUAUAUAUCUUUAAGAUUUUUUAAUUUAAUUUUUUUUUCAUGCUCUGUAAAGUAUUUAGUAGCUGUUCUCAUCAAUUAAAGCAACUCUCUGAUUAUUUUUAGCCUUUGGUUAUAUAGCUUAGUGGUUGUUCAAGUAACAUUUAUUAUUGUCUGCCAAUCAUUUUUGUGAAUGUUUUUUUUUAUUUUAUAAAAAUUAAGACAGAAGUAUUUUAGGCAAACAUUUUAAUGACUUCAUGGACAGUUUACAUUUUUUUCAAUGUAACUUUACCGCAAAAAGUGUCACUUGAAACAAUUGUGACCAUAUAUACAUGCACUAAAUCUGUAUUUUCCUUUUGCAUUAAAGGAACACUAGUUUUAGUAAUCUCUUUAUUUUUUUAUUGCAGUGUAAAUCUCAAUCACUACUGUUGUUUGUUAAAGGGACAGUCUAGUAUAAAUUAAACUUUCAUUAUUCAGAUAGGACUUUUAAUUUUAAUCAACUUUCCAAUUUACUUUUAUCAUCAAAUUUGCUUUUUUCUCUUGGUAUUCUUAGUUUAAACUAAACAUAGGUAGGCUCAUAUGCUAAUUUCUAAGCCUUUGAGGGCUGCCUCUUAUCACAUGCUUUUUAAAUCUCUUUUCAACACAAAGAGACAAAAAGUACAUGUGGGCCAUAUAGAUAACACUGUGUUCAGGCACAUAGUUAUUUAAGAUCUAGCACAAAACAAUGCUAAAUGUAAGACAAUAGAUAAUAACAAGUCACAGUCAUGUGAUCAGGGGGCUGGAAGAAGGUUCCUAGAUACAAGGUAAUCACAGAGGUAAAAAGUGUAUUAAUAUAACUGUGUUGGUUAUGCAAAACUGGGGAAUGGGUAAUAAAGGGAUUAUCUAUCUUUUAAAACAAUAACAGUUCUAUGGUAGACUGUCCCUUUAAGAAUAACCUCCGUCCUUCCACAUACUGAUGAACCUUGGUGUAGAAGUAAAAAAAAUAUCUAUAUAGCCAGCUUUAAAAUCCUCUCCAGACUGUAGUUGCUUGUAGACUUGAAUAAUAUGGUUCUUUAUUUAGGGUUGUUUUGUUUUUAGGUUUAUAAAAUGUAAUAUCUGAGAUAAUUGAAUCUGCAAUCCUAUUCACUGCAUGUAAGCGUGUGGUAGAGAUAUUUGUUCAAAAAUGAAUUUGUUUAAAGCUGUAAAAAAAAAAAAUUAUACUUUUGUACAUAACUUUAAGGCCUGAUUUGUAUUCAUUUUACUGUUUUGAAAGUUUGUAUUUAGAGGGCUAAAACAUUAAAGAUUAUUUAGUCUGUUAAA